GGCCCCCUCCCCACCCCUGCCGCCCGAGUGAACUGGAUUGACGAGGGACCAAAGUUCCCCUGGACCAAGACGCUGCGCGCAGCUCUUCCUAAACAGCAUGGGCAGCUUGGAGAGAACACGUGGGACUCAGAGUUGGUCUCCCGCAGCAGCUCGGGGACACAGGAAAUUUUUUGGAUGGACGCUCAACUGCCACCAAAAACAGUGAGGAUAUCGCUCACCUCUGCAUCUCCGGUGUCUAGAAGAGCGCCUGGCAUAUGGUCACCUCUCAAGACCUUCUGAAGUAGGAUAACACUAGACGUGGACUCUAAAAAGAAUCGUAGGCAGCCUGUAUAUAUAGUGACGCUCCUCUGAGUCACUUUGACUGGAGAAACUUGGGUCACUUGGUUAAGCACAAGCCAAUCAUUGUGGCCAGGCCUUCCACAGUCUGGGAGCAUUCACUGUGUUCUGCAGCACUUCUGGAGACCAAGUGAAGUCCCAGCACAGGAUGAGGAAGUUCUUCAAAGGAAAUUCAGUGUCUUUCGUCGCGGGGGCGGGGGUGGAUGGCCGGGAUGGAUGCUGGGCAGGUAGAGUCAGCAUAUGUUCACUGAAUAUGGAAUUAUUAAGUCAGAAAAUAUUCCUUUCCAGUUUAAUUAAGAAGUAGCCUUGGAGAUGAACUUCAAGUUUGAGCUGGAUUAAACUAGCAAAGAUGAAGGGAAGAAAAAGGAAAGUGUGCAUUUCCUUGCAGGUUGAUCGUGUCCUCUGAAACGUGUCCCAUGAAGGCAGGUGAUAGUCUGUUUCGUUGUCUUGUCUAUGAUUGUUACUCCGAUGCCAUCGCAAUGUCUGUCACUUACUAGUCAGUAAACAUUUGUUAAAUUAAAAAAAUAAAAUAAAAAAAGAAUAAAAGUAGAAAAGUCUGUAGCUUCAUUUUCAGAGAGAGAGCAAUGACUGAAAAUUUGUAAUGGAGAGGGGAGGAAGGGAAGUUAGGCGGAGGAAUUUAGGGCUUCAAUCAGUCUGUAAAGAGACCCAGGUGGAUCGAAAUUUGAACCUAGAACUUUGCCUGAGGGCAUUCCUUGAAACCAAGAAUUGUGCGCUUUCUCAUGCAAAGCUGCUGGGGAACGUGUUUUUCAGAAACGGGGACCUCCCGAGGAACACUGCAAUUUGCAGACACUAGAAGGAAAAAGUUCAGUAGCUAACUUUCUUUCUCCUGGAGUCCUUGGCAACUUGAUUUGUAAACUGCCCCCUAAAUAUGGAAUUCGUGUUAAUUUGGCAGGGACUCCGCCGCUCUAGCGGGAAGCCAUGCAUUGAAUUAACAUUUUCUAAAGGGGCCAGCCGGAGGCGCCGGCGGAAGAAUGGUGGGCGGGGACAACCCAGAGGCGGCUGGAGGCCCACCCCUUUCCCAGAGUACACUGCGGAAGCCGACUGCCUGAGCCGGUUUCUCGCCAUCUCCCGCUGGGCUCGGGAGAGGGUAGGACCAUGGACGGGCUCCGGGCUAGCGCUGGGCUGCCGAGGCGCGGGCGGUUGAGGCGCCGGCGCCAGCCACAGCCACAUAGCGGGUCGGUCCUGGCCCUGCCCCUGAGGCCCAGGAAGAUCCGAAGGCAGCUGAGGAGAAGUGUCGCCUCCCGGAUGGCCGCACUGAGGGCCCAGGCGCUGCCGAGCGAGGACUCGGAGGACUCGAGGGUGGAGUCGAUGGUCGACGAUCGCAGGGACCCGCUGGCUGGAGGGGCGGCGGCCCUCUCGGAUGUGACCCGGCGGGAGCCGUACGGCCACCUCGGGCCCGCGGAGCUGUUAGAGGCCUCGCCCGCGUCCCGAUCCCUGCAGACUCCCCGCGCCCUGGUGGAGGCGCAGACCCCAUCGGCGCGCUUGGUGGAGGCGCAGACCCCGCCGGCGCGCCUGGUGGAGGCAUCCGCCCUGCCGGCACGCCUGGUGCAGGCCUCGGGCCCCCCGCCGCGCUUGGUGGAGCCCUCGGCCGUGCUGUGCUCUGCCCAGCACUUGGCGGCCGCCCCGCCGUCCGUGGCUCCAGCGACGCUGUCGGGGCCGCAGGGGGAAAGCGCGGGUGGGGAGCUGCCCUGGGACUCCCCGCUGCAGCGCGUCUUGGCUGAGCUGAACCGCAUCCCCAGCAGCCGGCGGCGGGCGGCGCGCCUCUUCGAGUGGCUCAUCGCGCCCAUGCCGCCCGACCAUUUCUACCGGCGCCUAUGGGAGCGCGAGGCUGUGCUGGUGCGGCGGCAGGACCACACCUACUACCAGGGUCUUUUCUCUACCGCCGAUCUGGACUCAAUGCUGCGCGACGAGGAGGUGCAGUUUGGGCAGCACCUGGACGCCGCGCGCUACAUCAGUGGGCGGCGCGAGACCCUGAACCCACCCGGCCGCGCCCUGCCCGCCGCCGCGUGGUCCCUGUACAGGGCCGGCUGCUCCCUGCGCCUCCUCUGUCCGCAGGCUUUCUCCACCACCGUGUGGCAGUUUUUGGCUGUGCUCCAGGAGCAGUUUGGAAGCAUGGCAGGCUCCAACGUUUACCUCACGCCCCCCAACUCGCAGGGCUUUGCCCCCCACUACGACGAUAUCGAGGCUUUUGUGCUGCAGCUGGAAGGUAGGAAACUCUGGCGGGUCUACCGACCGCGGGUUCCGACCGAGGAACUAGCCCUGACAUCCAGCCCCAACUUCAGUCAGGACGACCUAGGAGAGCCGGUGCUGCAGACGGUGCUGGAACCUGGAGAUUUGCUCUAUUUUCCCAGAGGCUUCAUUCACCAAGCCGAAUGCCAGGAUGGAGUGCACUCUCUGCACCUGACCUUGUCCACAUACCAGCGCAAUACCUGGGGCGACUUCCUGGAGGCCGUACUGCCUCUGGCAGUGCAGGCUGCAAUGGAGGAAAAUGUGGAGUUUCGUAGGGGACUGCCCCGAGACUUUAUGGAUUACAUGGGGGCCCAGCAUUCGGAGUCUAAGGAUCCGCGAAGAACUGCUUUCAUGGAGAAAGUGCGGGUCUUGGUUGCCCGCUUGGGACACUUUGCCCCUGUCGAUGCUGUGGCUGACCAGAGAGCCAAAGACUUCAUCCACGAUUCUCUGCCCCCAGUGUUGACUGAGAGGGAGAGGGCACUAAGCGUUUAUGGGCUCCCAAUUCGGUGGGAGGCUGGGGAACCCGUAAACGUGGGGGCCCAAUUGACAACAGAAACAGAAGUGCACAUGCUUCAGGAUGGUAUAGCUCGGCUGGUGGGUGAGGGAGGCCAUUUGUUUCUCUAUUAUACAGUGGAAAACUCCCGAGUUUAUCAUCUGGAAGAGCCCAAGUGCUUGGAGAUAUACCCCCAGCAAGCUGAUGCCAUGGAACUCCUGCUCCGCUCCUACCCAGAGUUUGUGAGGGUAGCGGACUUGCCGUGCGACAGUGUGGAGGACCAGCUUUCCCUGGCGACCAUGUUAUAUGACAAGGGGCUGCUGCUCACCAAGAUGCCUCUAACCUGAACUAGUUACUCCUUGAUUGCCAGAAACAAGACAGUAGUGAUUCUCUCCUACCACCACCACUUUUUUUGGGGGGAAAAUUCGUUCUUACCUUAAUAACCAUGACUGUGCUUACAUUUACCUUUAUGACUGCUUCAAUGUCACACAACUCAGACGGUCUUCUAGGAAACACCACCUCAUCUAGGCACAAAAGUAAAAGCAGAAGUUGGAGGUGGAAGAAGGAGCUUGUUCUGAAGUAACCCUGAUUCCUGAUCGUUUGAGAGUACCAACUUCAUCAUCACCCUCAGGCUUCCGUGUACUGUGUGGCAUUUGCUGUGUUACUCUGCUUGAGACAUUAGAAGUUUUUAUUUGGAAUUUGCAUCCUUCAUUUGAGUUCUCUUUCAUCAGUUUGGGGGGAGGGUUGGGGUCAGUAUCCUGUUUGUUACUGUGAGUCUGUGUGAAAGUUAGAAAAGUUAUUAAAAUGCCAGAGAAUGUUUUCCUUUUUCUAGGGCUAGAUUCUUAUGUGGCAUGGUCUGAAGAAACGUGGGAGGAGGGAGGUCGAUAGGGAAAAUCAACAGCUGAGGUGAAAGGUAACUUGGGACGGUUGUAGGAUUGGGGCCAAUUCUGCAACUUUGGGGGUAAUUGAUUCAUUUUAAUCAUGUUACUCGAACCCCAAACAGCACAAUCCUAUUAGAAAAGUUUUGAGUAUAUUAUGUUUUUAAAAGUGUAUUAGGGUUUUGCUCAGUGCUUGCUUGCAUCAGUGGCUGGCACUGCUCCCAAAGAGACAGAAUGUCACCUAGUUGUGCUGUCAUAGGCCUCAGUCAGCCAACUUGUAGCAAGCUGGCCAUGAGGGAAGGCUGGUGUUCAAGUUACUUUCCACUCUCAUUUUUUUCUGGCAGUUGGAAGAAACUUCCCCAAAUCUGGCAAGUGAAUAUUCUCAUGGUUGGUGGAAAAGAGCCUGGUGUACCAGAGAGAGCACUGGACUUGGAAGCAGAAGACCUGGGUUUGGGGUGGUGGCUGGUGGGCAGCUGGCUGAAUGACCUGAGGCUGCUGCUGCGCCUGGGCACACUGAUUUUGGCACCAGCAGCCAAACAAGCUGCCUGCCGAACUGCCGUGAAGUCAUCAGAGAAGCAGUUCAGAAAGCUUGGGAGAAGCUUGGCGGUCAUGAGCUUGAGCCCACGAAUCAGGGAGAGGGCUUCCACACGCUCCUGGGAGUUUCCUUGACCCAGCUUGACUCUGUAAGGCACAGGUGCUUUUAUUUUCCCUCCUUAAACUUUUGGUCCCUCGCCCUAUGCCCACCCCCAGUGCCCUCAGGAUAAAAUCCAACUUCUGUAGGCUCUCCAUUAUCCAUUCCCACCCUUUGCUACUUAGCCUUAUGCACAUUAAUUUAAGUUUCACCAGGUAGAGAGACCUCAACUGUUUUAUUUACUUGAAUCCCUAUUACCUAGAGUAUGCUAGGCGCUAAACUAUGUUGAAUGACUGAAUAAAGGAAACUUUAAACAUGGAUCUCUUGCUACAGUCAAGUUCUCUUCCCCACUGCCCUCACAUGUGCCAUGUUCAUUGCUGUAUUUGGCUCCCAGUGUGGAAGGUCUUACCUUCUCUCUGCCUACGUAGUCUUACCCAUCCUUCAUGAAACUUGACUUUGCUAGGCAUUUGUGUAUCUUGCCUGUAUAAUCAGAAUCAUGGCAUACAUUUGAACUCUCAAACAUCUAAAACAGUGCCUAACACCUAGCGGGCAUUCAAUUAAUGAUUCUUCCCUUAGCUACAUUGUUAGUGUCUGUAGGGGCUGUUAAUGUUUUAUUUUAUUAAAAACAAAAAAAUUCUGCAAUGGGAUCUAUACAAUGCUGAGCAGACAGAGCAGCUUAACAAAUGCUGGCUGGCUGGAGCCCAGGCUCCCUGGACACUUUUAAGAAUAAAAAAGCUUCUUUCUCCAUGUUGA